AUGCCUGGACUACUCGGAAAGAAGUUCCCCACGCCCGUCGCACGACCGAUGUGGCCUUUCUACACUGCCGGCCUCAUCAUUGCAUACGGCAUCAACUCCUUCGCGACGGUUCUUGCAAACACCGACGAGUACAAGAACGACCCAAGAAACCCAAACGCAAGGAAAGUGGGCGAGGACAAGGACCUGAAGCACUAG